AUGCAGCAGCAGGCAUCCCAGAAGACUCAGGAGCGGAUUAACGCUGAGCUGGCGGUUGGUGAGGCCCAGAAAGCUUACGACGACGCCGCGGCAGCUGUUGCCGCUGCUAGUACGGGAGUGACAAACGCACAGACGGCUAAGAAUGUUGCCUCGACGAUCGUCGGUAACGCCGCGAAGAACCUCGCUAAGGUCCAGUCUAAUUACGACAAGGCAGUCGCCAACGUGGCGGCCAAGAAGAAGUCGCUCGACACAGCCCAGGCUAAGUACGACGCUGAGGUGAAGAAGGGCGCUGGCCUCACGGGUUCGGCUAAGACGAGGCAGGACGGUGUCAUCAAGACUGCCCUGGCGGCCCUGACCAAGGCGCAAACUGACUACAACAAAGCUGUGUCUGACGCUAAGGCUCCUACCGACGCGUACAACCCCGUGAAGGCGGCUAAGGACGCUGCCGACGCAGCGCUGAAGGCGAAGGACAACGAUCUUACGGCCGCCCAGCAGAAGCAGGUGGAACUGGAGCUGAAGCUGUCGGAUGUGGAUACUGCUUUGGCGGCUGCCAAGAAGAAGGCUGACGACGCUAAGGUCGCGGAGACCCAGGCGUACACGUGGGCCUCCAAGGCCAACGAUGACUACACGACUGCUUACAAGGCGUAUACGACUGCGCAGUCGGCCACUUCUACCACUACUACUACGACGACCACUACCUCCCCAAGCACUACCUCCUCUAAAAUUCUGUGGAACGACGGCAAGUACCCUACUACGGGCGUGACGACGUGCACGGCUCCUCUGGACAUCCCCUGCACGGACAACUGUACCGACAACAGCGGUUUGAACGGACGCUACGUGAUUCCCAAUGGCGGGCGCUGCGGCACUGGCUUGACUCCCCGGUGCUUCGGCAACGCUGUUCUGCGCCGGCAGUGCUGCGCGGCGUGCACCAACUCGACUGCGUGCUCCUUCUGGCAGCACUACAUCCCGUCGUCGCUCGCGUGCUCCAACUGCGGUAUCUGCUACCUGUACAAGCCCACGGACGCGCAGCCCACUUGCGAGACGCGCACGGUGGUUGUCGGCGGCGUGACGCGCACGUAUGUGAAUGCGUCGACUCUGGGCCGCCCCUGCCCGUACACGAAGCACGACCCGCACUUCCGCGGCGCGCACGGCACGCGGUUCGAGUUCAACGGCGCGCCGGAGAAGUCGUACUGCCUGCUGACGGACUCGAGCCUGCACGUGAACAUGAAGAUGCGCGGGUACUACGACACGCGCACCAUCGGCGCGUCUCUGCUGCGCAACGGGUUGGCGGUGCGCACGUGGAUCCGCGAGUUGGGCUUCGUGUGGAGCGUUGACGGCGUGGAGCACUCUUUCCGCCUGGCGGCGCGCAACGGCAAGUCGGACAAGCGCGACAACGGCUUCCUCUCGCUCAUCGAGUUCGACGGCCGCGUCCUGCCCUCGCUCGAG